CGGAAACUGGCGGGCACAGUGGUGAAGAGAGCUCCGGCGGACAAAGUAACGGUGACGAAAGCGGCCCGGGCGGGCAGGGCGGCCAAGGCCCGGGCGGGAAUGGCGAAGUUGAUGGCACGGACGAGAGCGGGGACGGCCAAGUUGACGACGCGGCGCAGGAGGUGGGGAACACCGGGGAAAACCAAGGAGGCCCCGGGGCGAACAACGGAGGCCUUGGGGGGGACAACCCCGGUCCCGGAGGUGGACACAACCCCGGAGGUGGACAAGAAGGGGCUAACGCGGGCGACCCGUCGACGCACCAGCUGGACCCGGGUCCAGGCCACGGGGUCCCAGGAGGCACCACCAUCGAGGGCGAGCAGGCGGGCGCGGAAGAUCCCACACUCAGCGGGGGGGACGACGGAAACGAGGAACCUGGCGACGAGGAGGCCGGGGGCGGCUUGGGUACUCCGGCCUUGGCAGCUUGCUUGGCCAGCCUACUGUUGGUUAUGUUGGCGCUUGUUUGGUUACUGUGUUCGCCGUUGGGAGAGCGUCAGGAGGACGAAGCCAGUUCAAUCGAGCGGGCAAGGCUCGCUGCACGGUGGGAGUACAGCGAAGAUACCGCGUCCGCGCCUCUAGGGGAGGUGGAUGAUAUCCGAAAUGCUUUGGUGUCUGCAGGGCUGAGUGCGCCGUACGCCACAAAGCUUGCUAAAAAGGUAGUCGGAGGGGACCCGGACUCCAAAGCUGCACCAGCGCCGGAUGCCAUGGCUGAUCGGCUUGCGAUGUGGGAUGCUGGCCUCGGAUUCGGGACGGAUGACAACAUUACCCUGGGUCUGGUGCGGGGUAUCCUCCGUAAAGGCUACGCGCAGCGCAAAAAGAAGGAAACAGAGGCGAUGCUACAGGACGCUGGUGCGACCCCUGCCUACGCUGCUGAGCUUGCAGGACUUACAGAAGGUCCAGACGCGGAUGCCAAGGUUGUCAGGCCAUCUAGAAUAAAAGCCUCGGAACGUGAUCGGCACGCCUUGCGGCAGUUGGUCCACGAUUCCGAUGUGGGCGAAAAAAUGGAAGCUGGUUUCAUCCAGGGGCUCGUGCUGCACAAAGGCUUGGCAAAACGCCUCCAGAAGAAAGAAGUCGAAUCCACGCUGACUGCCGCGGGUAUUAGCGCCCCCUACGCAGAUAAGGUCGCCACUGCGGUGGCAGGGCCGGGCCCGAGCUUCGAAGUGAUGCAACCCCCCACCAAGGACAAGGACGUGCGUGCUUUGGAGCAGCUCCUUGGUCGUGCUGACUUCGAUAUACCACGUGUGGAAGGCGGAAUCGAGCUGGGCGCUUUACGCGAGCUGCUUCACAAACGCUUGGCAAAGCGCAAGAAAGAAAUUGAGGCAACGCUGACCGCCGCCGGUGUCAGUGCGGGCUACGCUUCCGAACUUGCGCAGAUGGUCGCAGGGACGACUCCGUGUUCCCAAAUUGUAAAGCCGCCCAAAAAAGACCAAGAUCUGCAAGCAUUGAGGGACCUUGCCCUAGAUUUUGACCCAACGGCCGAGGAGAUCAUGGAGCUGGGUUUUGUGCGCGGGCUCGUGCGCAAGGGUUUGGCAAGGCGUCGCAAGGAAGCCGUCGAGACGACUCUAACAGCCGCGGGUUUGAGCGUUCCUUACGUGGCGGAACUGGCCGAGCAAGUAGUCGGCUUAGACCUGCUGCAAAGGAAGUACGCGAAGGCGCCUUCUUCUCCGCCGGAUUUGCGUGCGAUGCGGAAAGAUUUUGGUAUCGACUUCGAGAAACACGGCGACCGCAUUGAAAUCGCAGCCGUGCGCGAGGCCAUACGCAAAGCCAGGACCAAACGAGGGGAGAAGGACCCGGCGGCACUGGAGCGAGAAGACAUCCUCCUCUACAAACAAGACCUUGACGCAGCCGAGACGGCGCUAAUUGCCGCUGGGUUGACAGCCGCCGGCGCGCGCGAUGUCGCAAAGCAGGUCGCGGGGCCGUUUUUAGAUACCGAAGCGGCCGGCGACGGGCUGUCCUCUCUGGAUAAGGAGGCUCUGUGCGAUUUGGUGCACGAUGGGCCGGUGCUCGUCGGUACCGUUCGACAGGGGCUUCGCGCUGGUGGUGUAGUGGCCAGAGGACCAAACUUACCGUCGUCGAGUAACACAAGCAGUGUGGGCCCCCCGCUCUCCACCUUCGAGCUAUUUGAUUUCGACACAGUCGAAGUUGCCUUCUCCGACGUGGGACUCUCGCCAGUCUACGGCAAGAAGGUGGCCAAGCAGACGACAGACGCGCGCGUGCGAGACACGGAAGCGCUGGCAAAGCCAGACCUGGAACCCGACCUGCAGAUACUCAAACAGCUGGGUUUGGAUUUCGGGGAGGCCGAAUGCGUCGGGCACAUGCGGGGGUUCCUCGCGGCGGUCGCCGAACACCACGGCCCGGAGAACAAAGGGGAGGUGGUGUCACUUGAGGAAAUGGAGCGCCGCCUAGUGGCCGCCGGGCUGUCGAAGAAGGUAGCCGGCCUCGUGGCCGCCAAGUUGCACCGAAAAGCCACCGCGGGAAGCGCCCUCGAGCUCUCGCCGGAAGACAUUCGGGAACUGGAGCUGCACGCCGAGGACAUACUCGAGGUAGAGGCGCUCGUCAGAGGCGUUGCCGAGAAAGUUUCUGCCACGGCCGGCUUCGUGUACGGUGGCCGGGUCGCGAAAAAGGGGUCGAACGCGAAGAAAGGCCAGGCACCCAUCAAAAUCGACCUCGUCAAAGUCGCGAAGUCACCGGCGUCGCUCGCCGCCAUUUGGAAGCGGGUGCGGAGGGCGCUCAGCGCGGUGCAUACCCUCGGAGGGAAGCCUUCUGACGAAUCCAGCACCAGCAGCAGCAGGCAACACGGUAGCAAGAAGAUGCCGAGCGCGAAAACAAGCACAGGAAGCAGCAAGAGAAAGAAGCUCAGCUCCAAGACUCCGACUUCCCGAGCGCUGUCGGACCAUUCUUCUCAGUCCCACGGGAACACCAGCAGUGUCCUCUCUUCGGUGUCCUCGCUUAUUUCUGAUUCUGGCUCGCGAGGAGGGGCAGCAAGCCUCUCGUCUGCAUCUGCCAGCACAAGCCAACCAGGGUCUGUUCCAGGUAGGAGCAAAAUAAAGCCGAAGCACGCCCCAGACAGGCAAAAGGGGGGAAAUAAAGCAACGAGACCUUCCUCGACCGUGUCGAGCCGGGACGAGUCCUCCGAUCAGAGCAGGCAGUCCUCUUUGCGGAGUCCACCUCGAUCGUCCUCCAAGCGGACCAGUUCCCGUCUGCACACGGAACUGCAAGUCGAAGCGGAAGCAGCGCUCCAGGACGUGGGUUUUUCCAAAAAGCAGGCCGCCCGACUGUCCGUGAAGAUUGCCGGCACCGACCUGGGGGACACGCUGGGGUCGGGGUUUCUGAACCUGACCGAGGAGGAGAAGCGGAUCGCGGACCAGGGCCUCGGGGGCGGUGCCAACAUCUUCGAUCUGAAUGGCUUGGUCGACGAGCUGGUGGAACAGAAGGCCUCGUUUUUUGCGAGGACGCUCUCGCCAGAAUCCCAAGAAAGCGCCGGCAAGGCACGGGAAAGCGGUCAGCCGGUGUCGUUCUUUCACUCGCGCGCUCACAAGAAAAGGAAAACGUCGCACCAGCAUCACCACCACAGCAAUCACCGAAAAGGACGAGAGACGGGCAAAAGUCGCAAAACAAAGCAAUGAGGACGCACAGCGGGAGGUGGACGGAAACUGCUCUGGAUCUUGCUGUCCUCCGCGCUUGCGCCGCGUCAGAUGUACAAGCAACGUAGUACGUAGGUACUUGCUGCAUUAUCUUGUGCGGAACAGCGACUCGCGCGCCGACUGCUGUCUUAUCAAUCAGGCCGCCUGCGUUCUUAUCAGGUAGCAAGAAAAACUUUUUCUAACGAGAAAGUUGUAUAUUGGAACUGACGCUUACGCUUCGGCUCUCA